CCUGGCCGAGACGAGGCUCGCCGCCUCCUGUCUGUCAACGUUAAAACCCUACUCUCGCUUGAUCUCGCUGUUGCCUCUCCUCCGCCUCCUCUGUUUUGGUUCUUCGGUGGGUCGAUCGGACGAGAGGACGUCAAGAUGUCGCUCCGAGUGUUGAAUCCGAACGCCGAGGUGCUGAACAAGUCGGCGGCGCUCCACAUGAACAUUAACGCCGCCAAGGGUCUCCAAGACGUCCUCAGGACCAAUCUCGGCCCCAAGGGCACCAUCAAGAUGCUCGUCGGGGGAGCUGGGGAUAUCAAGCUGACGAAAGAUGGCAACACCCUCUUGAAGGAGAUGCAAAUCCAAAACCCCACGGCCAUCAUGAUCGCAAGGACAGCCGUCGCACAGGACGAGACGAGUGGUGAUGGCACCACCUCCACUGUGCUAUUCAUUGGGGAGCUGAUGAAGCAGUCGGAGCGGUACAUUGACGAAGGGAUGCAUCCACGAGUGCUGGUAGAUGGAUUUGAAAUUGCAAAGAGGGCUACUCUUGAAUUUCUUGAGAAGUUCAAAACACCUGCUGUGAUGGGUGAUGUGCCUGACAAGGAGAUAUUGAAAAUGGUAGCAAGAACAACUCUUAGGACAAAGCUAUAUGAAGCACUAGCUGAUCAACUAACAGAUAUUGUUGUAAAUGCAGUUCUCUGUAUACGCAAGCCUGAUGAACCCAUUGAUCUCUUCAUGGUGGAGAUAAUGCACAUGCGCCAUAAGUUUGAUGUUGAUACACGCUUGGUUGAGGGUCUUGUCCUUGAUCAUGGUUCUCGACAUCCUGAUAUGAAACGGAGGGCAGAGAAUUGUUAUAUCUUGACAUGCAAUGUCUCUUUGGAGUAUGAGAAAAGUGAAAUAAAUGCAGGAUUUUUCUACUCUAAUGCGGAGCAGAGAGAGAAAAUGGUUGCUGCUGAACGGCGUCAAGUGGAUGAGCGAGUUAAGAAGAUUAUUGAACUAAAGAAUAAGGUCUGCUCGGGCAAUGACAAUAACUUUGUCAUAAUUAACCAAAAGGGAAUUGAUCCUCCAUCGCUGGAUCUCCUUGCUCGUGCAGGGAUUAUUGCACUUCGGAGAGCCAAGAGGAGGAAUAUGGAAAGGCUAGUUCUAGCCUGUGGAGGGGAAGCUGUUAAUUCUGUGGAUGACUUAACCGAAGAUUGUCUUGGUUGGGCUGGGCUUGUCUAUGAACAUAUCCUUGGUGAAGAAAAAUACACCUUUGUGGAGAACGUGAAAAACCCUCUCUCCUGUACUAUCUUGAUUAAAGGACCAAAUGAUCAUACAAUUGCUCAAAUCAAGGAUGCUGUUCGUGAUGGCCUCAGAUCUGUCAAGAAUACAAUUGAAGAUGAAGCUGUUGUCCUGGGGGCUGGGGCUUUUGAGGUAGCAGCCAGGCAGCACUUGGUCAACAAUGUGAAGAAAACUGUUCAAGGGCGUGCACAGCUUGGCGUGGAAGCUUUUGCUGAUGCUUUACUGGUGGUACCGAAAACACUAGCAGAGAACUCUGGCCUCGACACACAAGAUGUCAUUAUUGCUCUUACAGGUGAACAUGACAGAGGUAACAUUGUGGGUUUGAAUCAUCAUACCGGAGAACCAAUAGAUUCAAACAUGGAAGGGAUCUUUGAUAACUACUCAGUGAAGCGACAAAUCAUAAACUCUGGGCCUGUUAUCGCUUCCCAGUUGCUUCUGGUAGAUGAAGUGAUCCGGGCCGGUCGAAACAUGAGGAAACCCAGCUAAUUGUAUGGAGUAUCAUCUCGAAGUCAUUGUCUUGAGUCGAGGGAGGAGUUUUCAAUAUCUUGAUCUGCCUGAUGACACACUGCCAUGCCCAUGCAGAUGGUAUUUGGCUCUCUGCCUAAAUUUUAUCCUAUCAUUUUUUGCCGGUUUAGUUCAUAUGAGACAAGGAAGCAUACUUGCGAUAUAGUUAGACUGUCUAAAUUGUUUAUCCUAAGUAGUUUCCGAUUAA